GGAAGAGUGCAGGCAAACGUCAAUUGGACAAGUGUGUGAUGAAGCCCAAGAGCAAAAAUGCGCGGGAGACGCAGGUUAAGGAAAAACAAACAGCGUACGAGGUGCGCAAGAAGGUCAGGCGGGAUUUGGUGGAGGAGGUGAAGAGUUUGCAGAAGGAGCUGGGCCAGCUCAAGUUCCGCCUUCUGGUGGAGCAGGGAGAAGUGUUAAAGGCCACGAAACGCGCCGAAACCGAGAAUGACGUGCUGUUUGACUGUAUUCGUAAGCAGCACUUAGUGCGAGCUGCGCUACAGGCGGCGCUUACAGAAAACGCACAACGAAAUUUGAACGCUUUGCAGCCAGUUCAAAGCUUGAUUUGCUUAGGAGCGGAUCCAGUGGAGCGAUUCAAUACACUUUUGGCUCUCAAAGAACGCCAAUUGGACAACGCAGAGCGAUAUCUCGGAGCCAGGAGCCACGGACUUGGUCCAGAAUCAACCUACUGCCAAGACGAGUGCUUUGAUUCCGACGAAGGAGACUACUGCUUCGUACGGUUCGAGACUGUCCCGGUUCAAGGAGCUCAUGUCAAGGAAGUGUUCGAUGCCGUUCUGGACGCGAUACUGAAUCAGGAGAUCAUUCUGUCCGAGAUGUUUGGCUGCGUUGCUAUCCGCGAAGACAACGACUUUGAGACGUCCGAGUUCACACAACUUCGGCUGGUUACUGCGACUUCGGCCGACACUACCGUGGAGUCCAAUACACUGCUGUUUGCGAGGUUUUCCGACGGAAUGGACGACGGAAAAGGUGGGUACGGAGUUCUGGUCUCAGACUUUGUCAACUCGGACGCUUUGUAUCCGUAUCGGACCAACGAGCGCGUCCGCAGAGACGGAACCACGAUUGUCACGGUGCGCUCUCUUUCCUCCGACAUAGUUUUCGUCACGCGCUGGACGUGCUUGAAAAUCCAUCACAGUCUCUCUCGAGAUGCUGAAACGGAGAUGAAGGAGAGCUCAGUGUGCUGGGGGGAUACGAGCAAGAGGUUUAUUGAGCAGCAACUCGUUCACACAAGCACAUCCCCCAGUCUGUAACAGCAGAAAACGACGAAUAAGCCAGGAACAGAAUGCAAUUGGAAGCAACUUAA